GGGUAUAACCCAUAUCAGAAGUACUGGAGAUUUGUUUGCAUCACGUGACGUACAGCAUGUUGCCGUCUACUUUGUCCAAGCGUGGUUUCUGUUUCAUUAGAAAUUAUCCGCAGUCUGCACCUAGUUGUUCUCGAUUCACCCUACGUUGUACACACGUUGCUCAACGUCGGUGUCUGCAGAACUCAGCAAUUAGCAAUGGCAAUUUGCACUCGCGUCUGCACAGGAUCCAACUACCGAGGUUCUCUAAUGUUCGUGAAAGCUCGUCCCAAGCGGAACCAAAUGUCCUUACUACAAAAAGUGGAGCAGUAUUGAGAUAUUUCCAGGUUGUUGCUAAAGAGCUCAAAUAUGUCGAAACUAGUCUUGAACAAUCGAAGGAUCCACGGACGACGAGAGAGUUGACAGAAAGGCUCAAGCAACUGUCUGCUGUUGUGGGCUUAUUCCACCGAAUCAGCGAACUUCGAAAAGAACUGGACGGGUUAAAAGAUCUAGAGAAAGAGUUUUCGGCCUCAAACGACCAAGAGAUGCUAAGGAUGGCUAUUGAGGAUCAACGCAAAUGUGAAUCUGAUAUUCACGAGCUGGAAACUGAGGUAUUUGGUCUGAUUGUGCCGCCAGACCCGGAGGACUGCCAUGAAAUUCUGUUAGAAGUUACAGCUGGUAUUGGCGGUAAAGAAGCAAUGCUGUUCACGAAAGAGAUAUUCACGAUGUACCACAAAUUUGCCUCCUGGAAAGGAUGGCAGUGCAAACCCGUUGACUACCAGACUGAGGGUGUCGGAGGAUUGCGGCAUGGCUCUCUCAACAUCAUUGGUUCGAAUGUAGGAAGGUGCUUCAAGUUUGAAAGUGGCGUGCAUAGGGUUCAGCGCAUUCCCCAAACGGAAAGGUCCGGCAGAAUUCACACCAGUACUAUGGCAGCAGCAGUGCUGCCAAUGCCAAGUGAUGUACAGAUAGUGAUAAAUGAUAAGGACGUUGUAGUGAAGACAAAGCGUGCCAGUGGUCCUGGUGGCCAGCAUGUGAACAAGACUGAAAGUGCGGUACAGAUUCAACAUGUUCCUACGGGCAUAAUUGUGGAGAGUGAAGAAGAAAGGUCACAGAUGAUGAAUCGUGAAAUGGCCAUGAAGAAACUGAGAGCUCAGCUUUAUCAAAUUGAGCUCAGCAGGCAGCUCUCUCAACACCACUCACAAAGGAAACUACAGUUUGGUACCCUCGGAAGGGCGGAGAAGAUACGGACGUACAACUUUCCCCAGGACAGGGUGACUGACCACAGACUUCCGCUCACUGUCCACGGAGUGGCAAGCUUCUUGGAAGGACAAGAAAAGCUAGAAGAAGUGAUAGAGAAACUUCUAGGUGAAUCAAGAAAGGAAGCCUUGUUAGACAUAUUAGAAAGCACAAAAUAAUGAAUGGAACUGACAGCCAA